UUCCUUUUUUCUAUCCUCCAUCACCUCUCUCCUCUCCUCUCCUCUUCCUCUCUCCAUCAAUCCUUCCUCUUCUCUUCAGUUUAUCAUGAUGGAGAACGAGUCGGUGAUCUUCUGGCAGGUUCAAACGGACGAAUAAUCACACGAUUCUGCAGCUUCUCUCGUCUUCGUGGAGCUUUGAAGAUGGGCAGGGCAGCUCCCAGAAUACAGUCUGAAACCCUGAGACCUCUCACUCUGCUGCAGGAUUACUUCACACUCACCGCAGUUAUACUACAGAAAGUACUUCACUGUUUGCUCUAAAAGUACUUUGUUUGCUGAGGAACUACAACGUCUUGGGAAAGUACUUUGUUCUCCUGCCGCUCACAGGAUUACAACAAGCAAAUCAAAACCUAGCCAGAGACAGAACCUGGCACCUUGGGCUGGACCAGAACCAGGAGAACCAGGGCAAACCAGUACUGAAACCAGUAAGCCAUUCAGACUCUGUAGAGCGGACCAGAAGAGACCACUAGAACUCAGUAAAGGCCGUUGGAAAAGUUUGAUGGGACUGCUGACGAUAGCCACAUGCCUCUGAGUCCGGCUGCUGACACCAAACAUGAUCGCCCACGGCAACAGGCGGUUACUAACGGCAACCCGACAGGCUCUGCUGUUGCCAGGGACGACGACGCGGAUGACACGCCCCCUGGAAACAGUAUUGUCGUCCGCAUUGGCAUCCCAGACCUGCAGCAGACGAAGUGUUUGCGGUUGGACCCAGAGUUACCAGUUUGGACCAGUAAGCAGAGGGUUCUGGUGACGUUGACUCAGUCUCUGUCGGAUGUUUUGAACUAUGGUCUCUUCCAGCCGGCGUUCAACGGCCGAGCCGGAAAGUUUCUGGACGAGGAGCGUCUGCUGAAUGAGUAUCCUCUUCCUCCCAUCACCCCGAUCCCAUACCUGGAGUUCCGUUAUAAGCGGAGAGUUUACACGCAAAGCUACGUGGACGAUAAGCAGCUGGCAAAGCUGCACACCAAGGCAAACCUGAAGCGUUUUAUGGAACAUGUUCACCAGAAGAAUGUGGAGAAGGUUUCCAAAUGGUUGGAAAAGGGCCUGGACCCCAACUUCCAUGACUCCGACACCGGGGAAUGUCCUCUGACUCUGGCGGUCCAGCUGGAGGAGAGCGGGGACCUGAUCAAAGUCCUCCGCAGUGGAGGAGCCCACCUGGACUUCAGGACCAGAGACGGGAUCACCGCUCUGCAUCGGGCCGUCCUCUGCAGGAACAGCGCAUCUCUCAGCACUCUUCUGGACCUCGGAGCGUCUCCGGACUACAAGGACAGCAGAGGUCUCACUCCUCUGUAUCACUCUGCCAUGGUGGGCGGCGCCCCCUACUGCUGCGAGCUGCUGCUGCAGGACCACGCCACCAUCGGGAUGACUGAUGAGAACGGCUGGCAGGAAAUCCACCAGGCAUGUCGCUAUGGUAACGUGCAGCACUUGGAGCACCUGCUGUUCUAUGGCGCCGACAUGAGUUCCCAGAAUGCAUCAGGAAACACCGCACUGCACCUCUGUGCUCUCUACAACCAGGACAGUUGUGCCAGAGUGUUGCUGUUCAGAGGAGCAAAUAAGGACAUCAAAAACUACAACAACCAGACUGCCUUCCAGGUGGCAAUAAUUGCUGGGAACUUUGAGCUUGCAGAAAUCAUAAAAAUCCACAAAACCUCUGACGUUGUUCCCUUCAGAGAAACUCCAUCCUACACAAAGCGCCGCAGAGCCAUCAUGACCAGGUCGCCGGCGGGAAACGGUCUGUCUUCUCCGCGCUCUCUGAUUCGCUCGGCUAGUGAAAACGUUCUGGAAAGCCCCGCCUCCUCUCCUGGCCCCUCCCUCCAAAGCCUGGAAACGCACCACGACACGCACACACAUUCGCUACGACGACACACGCGGCGCCUCAGCCCGAGCGCUGGGGGCCACGUGGAGGCCAGCCCCCCCUCCUCCCCUCCAGCAACCCCCCAGAUGAGGAAGAGGAGGCUGUACAGCGCCGUACCGGGACGCACCUUCAUCGCCACCCGGUCCCACGUCCCCCAGGGGGUCGGGGAGAUCCAGCUGCACCGAGGAGAGAGGGUCAAAGUUCUGUCCAUAGGAGAAGGAGGAUUCUGGGAAGGAAGUGUGAAAGGAAGAACUGGGUGGUUUCCUGCCGACUGUGUGGAGGAAGUCCAGAUGAGACAAUACGACCCACGACUGGAGACGAGGGAGGACCGCACGAAGAGGCUGUUCAGACAUUACACUGUUGGUUCCUAUGACAACUACACCUCCUACAGUGACUAUGUGAUUGAGGAGAAGACGGCCGUGCUGCAGAAGAGGGAGAGCGAGGGCUUCGGCUUCGUCCUCCGAGGAGCUAAAGCCGAGACGCCCAUCGAGGAGUUCGCCCCCACCCCGGCAUUCCCCGCCCUACAGUACCUGGAGUCAGUGGACCAGGGGGGCGUGGCCUGGAGGGCGGGGCUACGGACCGGAGACUUCCUCAUAGAGGUGAACGGCGCCGACGUGGUGAAGGUGGGUCACCGGCAGGUCGUCUCUCUGAUCCGACAGGGCGGAAGUCGACUGCUCAUGAAGGUCGUGUCCGUUUCCAGGAAAUCUGAAACCAACAUGGUCCGGAAGAAAGCUCCGCCCCCUCCAAAAAGAGCCCCCAGCACGUCGUUGACACUCCGGUCCAAGUCAAUGACCGCUGACUUGGAGGACAUAGACAAACUGGACGAGAUGUUGGCCGGAGGUCAACAGGAAGUCGUUCUCAGGGCGCGGCCGUCGGACGACUUCAGGGCGGCGACGGUGAAACAGCGACCGACGAGUCGGCGAAUCACACAGGCUGAGAUCAACUCGUUGUUCGAGCGUCAGGGUCUCGUUCCCCCCACCGCUCCAGAGAAGAGCACCAUGGCUUUACCUCGAGGAAUGUCCAGAACCAAGAGCUUUGGCACACCUGAUGACGACAGGAUCUCGGCUCUAAUCAAUGAAAGUCGGUUUCCACGGAGCUCCUCGCUGACAGACAGCUUCAUUCCCCCGCCCCCUCAGAUGGCUCCGCCCCCUCCUCCCUCCGCCUCCUCCUCCACCUCCUCGCUCUUCCUCCUGGACUCCGGCCCGCCUCCAUCCUUCUUGCCCCCUUCUCCCCCGGCCCGAGGGGAUGGGCUUAUCCGCUCUAGCUUCAAGCCGGGGGCGGAGCCUAGGCUCCAGGAGCUCACCGAUUCGCCUACGAGGAUCCACGCCCACGCCGAGCGGCAGAGAAAGGCGAGGUCAAUGAUAAUCCUGCAAGACACGCCACCGCAGCUGCAGCCCGACGCGCAAGGCGCAGCACCGCACACGCUGCACACCGCCACGCACACCGCCACACACACCGCCACGCACACCGCCACGCACACCUCCACGCUGUCUCUCCACAGCAUCAGCCCCGCCCUCGGCCACUCACCGCUGUCACGCCGCCGGGGACGACCAAUAGAAAACCCGUACGCUAACGUGGGACAUCAGGCUCCGCCCUCCAAGCCCCAGAGGAGGAAGUCGCCUUUGUUAAAACAACUUCCUGUCGAGGAGCAAGGAGUGAAAGAGCUUGACUUGUUGAAAGUCGAUGGAACCAGCAGCCCGAGUCGGGCGGAGCUUUACCAGCAGCAGGUUCUUUCAGAGCGCGCUCGCGUUCAAGGUCGCAGGUCGUCCCUCUUCCUGUCGGUGGAGGGAUCCGGGUCAGAAAACCAGGUGCCGCCCCUCCUGACUCUGAGCCAUUCCAUGGACGACCUCGGUGAGCUUCCACCACCAGCUCCCGUCCUGUCGCCCUCUCCGACGCCUCACACCUUCCUCCACCCGCUGACGGGGAAGCCUCUAGACCCCUCAUCUCCACUCGCCUUGGCACUUGCUGCACGCGAACGAGCGCUCACUGCCCGCACGCCGAGCCCAGAGCCGCGACUAAAGCACAUAUCUGCCUGCACUACACCCAUACUGACCCCAGCUGCCAGCCCCGAGGGCAGACACAAGCGGACGCCUCUCAUCACCCCGCAGAGUAGCCCCGAGCCACGGUCCAAACGCACCACCCCUCAGACGAGUCCCGAGCAACGAACCAAGCGCACCACUCCCCAGUCCAGUCCUGAGCUGAGGCAUAAACGCGUAACCCCGCCCUUGUUCCCUGAUGGACAGGUGGAGCGUCCAGAAACAGAGGGAGGAGUGACGUCACCUGCCGGGCCCUCCCCUGAGCGCUGGAGACCCACCCCCUUGCCACCGCUGGCCAAUGAGAGUCACCCUGCUCUGAUUGACAGGCGCAGAAGCCUCACAGUGGGCAGCUCAGAGGAGGAGGGCGGGGCUUACACAGUAACACUCCCACCGGCGUUGUUGUCGUCCAGUGAUGAGGAAACUAGGGAGGAGCUUCGCAGAAUUGGCCUGGUAACUCCACCCUCUGCCUUUGCCAGUCCUCCCACUCUUCCUCCCCCAUCCUCCCUCACCCUGUUGCCACGACGAGGUGGGGAAGGAGGGGGAGGCGAGAGUGGUCCUGACUCCGUAAGUAGACGAGGAGAUGAGGAGGAAGGAGGUGACGAACGACUCCACGACAGCUCCUCCCCUAGCUCACUCCCUCCCUCCAUUACCUUGGCAUCCCCUCCUGGUCCUUCCUCCCCCUCCUCCCCUCUGGCUACUCACCCUUCCCCCUCCUCCCCUUCCACCUCUCCAUCUGGUUUCAAGCCUCGCCUUCGCUCCCCUAUCGGUCGGGGCCGCUCUGCACUCCGUGACCCGCUGCUGAAGCAGUCGUCCGACAGUGAGCUCCUCCCGUCUGCCGCGUUCUGCUCCUCCCCUUCCUCCCCACUCUGUUCCUCCCCCACCGGUGGCGGUGGACGGCAGCCACGCUACCUGUUCCAGAGGCGGUCGAAGCUGUGGGGAGGUGGGGACGACCGCGACGAGCGCCGGGGCUUCAGCCCGGAUGAAGCGGGGCGUCCAGCAGCACUGGGAGGUCAGGUGUCGGGGUCAGCCGUGGAUCUCAGCAGCCGGUCGAUACUGGAGCUGAGCGGCAGGUCUGGACUCGAUCUGGCUAAUCGGCUACAGCUGCUAAACAAAGACAGUCACUCUCUUGGGGAGGAGCCGAGUCCUCUUGAUCCGGGCCGGAGGUCACCAGUAGGAGGUGCCAGAUGUGUGGACAAUGAAGACAGUAAAUCGUUGUUCUCCAGUCUUGGGGAACUCCACACCAUCUCCCAGCGAGGAUACAGCUCCAGCUAUACGGUCCGACCAGGGAGCCGCUACCCCGUAACCCGUCGGAGCCCCUCCCCCUCUCCCUCCCCGUCUGAUAGGUCAAUAGGGCACGCCUCCUCCACUGCCCCCUGCACUGAAAGGCCAGACCUGAGCUCGGGACGCGGUCUAACUAUCCUGAAGUCGUCCAGCCUCAGCCUCCCCUCAGAACCAAAGGAGGUCCGCUUUGUGAUGCGAAGCGCCAGCGCACGAACCCGGUCCCGCUCACCCUCCCCUUCACCCCAUGCCUCCCCAUGCCCCUCCCCCGUCCUCAGCGGGCCCCUGCUGGCCCUUCGGCCGUGGAGGCAGCGGCCCCUCAACUUGUGGAAUAAAUACGACGUGGGCGACUGGCUGGAGAGCGUGGGCCUGGCCGAGCACCGCCAGCGCUUCCAGGAGCACGAGAUCGAAGGCUCACAUCUCCCCGCUCUCACCAAGGAGGACUACGUGGAGCUGGGCGUCACCAGACUGGGACACCGGAUCAACAUCGAGAGGGCGCUCAGACAGCUGCUGGAUGGUUCCACUUGACCCCUGACCUCGGACUAAUAACCUCUAGACAUCCUGAACUGUGACCUCAUAACCCCUGACCUCUGGUCAGACACUAGGCCAUCUCUUUGACUAGAAUAUCUUAGCAGUGACUGAAUCUUUAGACCUUUUUACCAACGUGGAGCUCAGCUCUCUGAGUUCUCUUGAUGACAUUUUGGCUCAUCAGCUCUUUGAUCAACCCAAAUGGACAGGUCGCACCAAUGUCUGUGUCCACCAGGUUUACACAAGGUUUUGUGGCCAAAUUUCAAGUACAUUGAACUUUACCACAAAUACGUCGACCUCCUCAACACAGAAAUUAGAUUCCGGUAUUGACGGGAAAUUUAAGUUACAGCUGCGACAAUUCAGGCCAGAGAACAAUAUUCUCACGCCAGAGGAAUGACGCCAUUUUUUUAUGACUGGUGCUGAGGUCUGAGAAAAAUAGUGUAAACCCUUCAGGUAGAAACUGACAGGACAACAUUGGAUCCACAGUCGUCAGUCUCUUUGUUGAUGCUUUGGCGUAUUCUUUUGUCAUAUUCUUGAACAUUUUGAUCGACAAGAAAACUAAACUUUUGAAACGUUAGGAACCACAAUCAACAGUCCAAAACCCCCAAAAUAUAAAUGUACCCAUCAAAGCAAAUUUUCAAUUUUGAGAAUGUAAUACGUGUGUUUCACGCUAAUGUUAUUAAUUUCCAUUUACAACAAUUUAAAUUGUACCCCCAGUUGCUAACGUUCUGAGCUAGCUAGCAAACUAUAUAUAAGUUGUUAUUAAUAAUAAUAAUAAUAAUAAUAAUAUUAUAUAUAUACAUUUUUCAAAUACUUACGUAACGCAGCUGCUAAACGACGUUUUCUGUGUGUUCUGUUCUGGGUCACCAGAAAAUAGACUGAAGCCUGAAGCCAGCGUAUCAUAUCCAUAGUGUUCUUCAGCGCUACGUUAGCUCGCUAAGCUAAUCACAUAAACAGGUGACGGGUUGUUGAUCAAAGAGCUGAACUGACAAACUGACAAAUAUAACGAGUUAUUGUUCUCGUGUUAUUCUGCUUCCCCAGACGAGCUCAGCUGGACGAUUAGCGAGCGACUGGACGUCUCCACCUGAACGACAACAGCGGGAGAUUAGCGGAGAUCAGAUGAGACAAACUGAGAUUAGCUGAGACUAGCUGAGAUCAGAUGAGAUCAGAUGAGAUGAGAUGAGGAUAUUUCUCCGUCUUUCUUGUGACUUUCUUUUUCUUUUUCUUCCCAAUAUCACUCAUGAAGAAUUUGUUGUUUAUUUUGAGUUUAUAUCUUAACGCCGAUCAUUUAGAAUUUAUGAAUAACAAGUAAUAAUAAUGUGGUGGUGAUGACUUACAGAGUUUAUAUAAUAGUUUGGAAAAUGAUUUUUGAGUUCGUUAUGAUUUGACAAUGAGUUGAAUUUCAAGGUUGUUUCGGUGACUCUGAGGUUCAUGAUGAUUUGUCAAUGAGUGUGACUUUGUGCUGAUGUGCUGUGUUUCAGGGAGAGCUGCAGCGGAGCUCCACUGGUUUCUAACCUGCUUAUCGAGGGCUUACUGUACACGGUGCUAUCUGUUUAAAGCCAUCUGUACAGAAAAUACCUUCCCCUCUUAUUCCUUCCUCACACUAACACAUGAAACUCUUCGUUCCACCCCUGAACUCUAUUAUUCUUCAAUAACCAAUUGAGUGUGGCUGCACCAGUUAUGGUAACUUUGCCAGGAAAAGGCCAUAUUUGGAGUUUCCUCGCUGCCAUAUUGGGGAUUCCUUCCCUGCCAUACGUGGAGUUUCCUCUAGAGCAUAUGUAGAGUUUCCCAGAGGCCACAAAUAGAGAUUAAAACCGCCUGAUGACGGUGUGUCCUACGUUCACGUGAAGUCAGAGAAUUUGAGUUCAGAGUUAAAAUGGGUUCCCAUCGAAAUUUGUUGCAAAUGUAUUUUUAUGAAGAACAUGGCGGGACAUUUUCAUUCAUCCCGGCUAACGAAGAUUCACAAAAAGUUAAAUUUGAUAGUAUGGGUGGAAUUCACACCUAAUUUAGUUUUAUAUCUGGAAUACUACAAGUUUUAGAAGAAGAAAUGCUGCUUUUCUGCGAUAUUAAUUAUAAAAGUUAAUGACAAUAAAGUAGGGCUGGGCGAUUUGGUUUUCUUUCAAGCUUCACAACGCAGACAGACUAAAACAUAAUUGCAUGUGCAGGAUCGUUAAGGAGGAGUUAUAAAAGACCUGCAUAUAUUUGCACAUUCAUAAGGCUGGAGCAAAUAAUCCAAAGCUCCACUAAUAUCUUUAUUAAUACUCUAUUUGUAGAAUUAGCGUUGUGUGAUGCGAACAUUUCCAAUAAUUACAAAGAGUUGUCCAACAGUCAACAUUUAUUAAAAGUGAAAGAGUACUUCUUCAAUCCAUAUUUGUUGGUGUUUAGCCUUCAAAAAACCUCCUUUUCACUGAGGUCAGUAAACUAUUUGUUCCCACAAAGAGAGGCUGAACCUACGUUACCCGGGAGGUCGAGCAGCAACACAACAGCACCAUAAAUUACAUUCAUAUAACCGCAAUAACAAAACAUCUAUUCUUUUCCUCUUUUUUUUAGGGCGAUGAUGUCGCUUCGUAUAGCUUAAGAGAAACUUUCUCAAAUAAAUCCGAUGUAUCGCUCAGCCCUAUAAAGAAAAGCAUUUUAUACAAGCAGUCCGAUUUACAGUUUUGGAAAAGCUAUUGCUAGCCUGCCUCGCUAGCUAACGCACUUUAUACUCAAAACCCUGUUAAGCUAACGUUGCACCACAAUAUGCACGGAAAUGUGGUCGGGUCAGAUUAGUGGACAAAACUCUUCAAGAAACAGUUGCUUCUUACCCAGAGACAGAUGACACUCCUAUCUAUAGCGAUGUGUUUAGCUUAGCUUAGCACACAGACUGGAAACUGCUAGCCUGGCUUUAGCAAAAGGGAGAGAAAUGCAGCGGCCAUGCGGUCACAUUUACGUGUUGUAUCUCGUUAGCAACCAGGAGUGAAAUGUAACUAAGUACUUGAGGUACUUGUACUUUACUUAAGUAUUUCCAUUUAGUAGUUACUUUUCAGAUUACAGUUUUCGUGGCCACUGAAAACCACAUAUCUCCAGAUGUAACACAUUAAUCCAGAAAAAAUUGUAAAACACUGACUGAACAUUUAACUGCUCAGUUAAUUUGACCUUUUAUACUUUAAUUCCUUUGGCUGCACAUACUGUUACUUCAGGGAGGUUUUGAUUGCAGGACUUUUAAUUUUAGUGGAGUAUUUUCUCAGAGUUUUGAUGAGUUUAAACACUAAGGACGAUGCAGACGCUGCUAAAAGCACAAUAAAUCAUUUUUAAUUGCUUACAUUCGACACCUGCACAAUAAACAAGGAACAACACGUACAUCAGAGCUCUGAGCUCACUGGAUGCUGCAUUUCUUUUUCUAAAUACGUUCACACAGUAAAUUGGAUGGAUGGAUGGAUAAC